CCCCCUCCAUGAGCCAGCGCCUCAGGUGAGAUCUGCCGCUCGACGAGUGUACGUAGCAGGUGCGUUCGCAGUGUGGCUGUGCACCCACUGUCACGCGCCAGCGGGGUGUCUCUUCCCUUACGGGCAUAAGAAGAAAAAGGAAGUGGCGAGAGCAGGAAGGGUGAGCGGACCAAGGGGAAACAGUUCGAGAGAGAGAGACUUGGCGAGCGAAAGAAAGAGGGAAAUCCUGUUCGGAAAGAUUCCGAAGAAAGGGUGAGAUCAAGUGGUGGGAGCGACCCCGCCGUAACAUUCUCAUCCCCACACGCGUAUAACCGAAGCGGAGUCCUCUCGGGGCGAGGAACCUUGCACGAGCCACCCUCCCCGAGGAGUUACGAACCUCGAACCUUGGUGGUGCACAGGUACCAGCGGGCAAGCGAGCGAGUAGGUGAUUCUCGCAGGGUGACGAUACAUCACCCUCUUCGUUCGCGUUCGCGAGGAGGAAUUUAGAGUUUCUUAGAAAGAAGAGGUCCUGGUGAGAAAAAGGGAAUUCGGACACGCGCAGGGACUCGCCAGCAGCAAGUCGGAGCGGAAGUCGCAUCGAGCACUCAUCGAGCAUCCGUGAAGAGAGAGUAUGGUACGGAGAUUCUGCAACGGCGCGGUUGCACUUGGCAUCGCCCUGACGGCUUGCGCCGCUUUUCCGCGCGCCAUCAUGGCGAUCGACCUCAGCCGCUUCUACGGCCACAUCAACACGAAACGCUCGGAUGCUUGUCACCCGUACGAACCCUUCAAGUGUCCGGGCGACGGUCUCUGCAUCUCGAUACAGUAUCUUUGUGACGGCGCACCCGAUUGUCAAGACGGAUACGACGAGGACUCCAGAUUGUGUACCGCAGCCAAACGACCACCCGUAGAAGAAACCGCCACUUUUCUGCAGUCUCUGCUGGCAAGCCACGGUCCCAAUUAUUUGGAGAAGCUGUUCGGAAAUAAAGCGCGUGAUACGCUGAAGCCUCUCGGUGGUGUGGAAAAAGUGGCCAUCGCGCUGUCUGAAUCGCAAACGAUCGAGGAUUUUGGCGCAGCGUUGCACCUGAUGCGCUCGGAUCUCGAGCAUCUGCGCUCAGUCUUCAUGGCAGUGGAGAACGGCGACUUGGGUAUGCUGAAAUCGAUCGGUAUCAAGGACUCCGAGCUGGGCGACGUCAAAUUCUUCCUUGAGAAGCUCGUUAAAACGGGCUUUCUCGAUUGAACGACAAUCACAUCCGCCACCGUCGAUGACGAGUCGCCGCCGUUGUCGUCGCAUCAGCAGACCCUUUGUUUGAUGAAGCCUAAAUCUCGUUCUUUUCGUGAACACCUCUUUUUUUCACGAGUUCUCGCAUGCAGAAUGUAGACCGUUACUUUUCUUUCUUCCCCUAUUUCUCUCGCGAAUCCUCUGCUCUUGCUUCAACGUGAUGAACGCAAUCACCGAGCAUCGAGAUGAUCAUCGAGAUGAUUUGCGUGACGAGCGAUCAGGCAGAUCUUCGUUUCGCAUAUUUUGUAUGGCAAUCAUAGAUAACUCUAAUCUUGUUAUACUCGCGUUAUAAUCGCGUUAUUAUCAAUUUGUUUAGGAAAGAAUAUAAUUAUUAAGAGACAUGGUUAGUAACCAAUCGUCAUAUCGUGUACGCUUAUGGAGGGUUUAUCAUUGCGAUUUUUUAUUAGUGUUGAGUAUUGCAAUUUUACGCAAAUCUGCAUGAAAAUACCAGCACUGAAAAAAUACUAUGUUAACUUAUUUACAAUUUGCAAUAUUUUUAUCUUACCUUUUUUCUACUGUUUUCUACAUUAUUAAUAAUAAUAUCACGUGUUAAAAUUUUCGUGAAUGUUUCGGAAGCUUUUAACGUUUACUCUCUUCUUUUAUUAUUGGUUGCGCAACGUAAUUUUUUUCAUAUAAACCGAAUAAUAAGCUCUCUUUCAGUUGACCUAUUUUUAAAAUAUUGAGCUUCCUCAUGUUGUUUAUAACGACUACACUAUAACUGAUGCAUAUGUGCUGCUGUAUGCCCCGGUUUUAUUCUAACUUUAUCUUCGAUAUUGCUAGCACAUACAUCAUCUUACAUAAGUGAUGUGUGGCGAAUCGUUCGUGAUUGGUAGCCAUAUAAUUAUUUAAUUUAUUGUACAUUUAAAUUACUUAAAAUUUACACAAGUCACGUUAUAUACAGCUCUUCUUUUCUCUUUCCAAAAUUAUCACUUGAAAUAUUAAUGAAUUAGUAGAAAAGUUUCUUGUCUAAAUUUAAUCCCAUUUAUUAAUGUAAUCUUCUGAAAUUUAAUAAGCCGCUUCUGAAACAUUUGCGACGAGAUUGCCAUCUUUAAAUUUCACAGAAGAAACUUUGUAAGAGGAAAAUAAUUGCGUUCAGAGAUGGCAAAGUGGUUUUUUAUGAAAAUUGCAUCACUCUUCUUUGAAGAAGAUUAUGUGGAACAAAAUUCUUAAUAGAAUAAAUUCUUUAGAAAUCCAAUGUUAUAAUAGCUCAUUGUAUAUAAUUUAAUAUAGUUAU